AUGUCGACAUCUGAUCAUCCAGAGUCAGAUGGUCAGACGGAACGUGCCAAUCGUGUCCUUGAAGAGAUACUUCGAGGAUACGUACACUCCUUUAAGAGUUGGAGUGAGUUUUUGCCAAUGGUAGAGUUUGCCAUCAACAACUCGGUGCAUGCGUCCACGACACAUACACCGUUUUACGUGAAUGGCUUGCGCCAUCCGCGUGUACCCACCUUACUAGAGUGUAACUCUGGUUUAAGGGGGGGAGGGACUCGCGCGAGCAAAAACCGAUUUGGAUCACGCUCAUCACGCUCUGACGAAGAGGUCAUUGCGUUUGAUGCCGAUAUCCAUAACAUCGAUAUUGAAGAAGAUGAUGCCAGUGAGGGUGCGGAAGCCCUCACUGAAGAAGAUGAUGCCAGUGAGAGUGCGGAAGCCCUCACUGAAGAAAAGGUUGAUGUUGCUGCAGUGCGCUCACAGCGCACUGAAGUUAACGAGUCAUCAAAUGAGUUCAUACUGGCUCGUGAAACGGUAGUCCGUUUUGUGCAAGACUCCAUCGCCGAAGCGGUGGAUUAA